UUAUUACCUACUUCUUACUACUUAUUUAUUGUAAAGAUUUUUGUUGUGUAAGCUAUUAUACUUAGCCUAUACAAUGCGUUUUUGUUCAUUUACUUAAUUUAUAAUAUAUAAAUUUUAUAAUAAAAUCAAACAAGAUAUAUCGUAAGUCGAUAUCGAAGAGUUGUAUAAUUACAAAUUUAAAGUUACGGUGGCAUACUAACCUCAACGAAAACAAAACCGGCAAAUAUUACAAUUUUGCAUAAGAAUUACAUAAAUUAAAAGAUUAAAGAAUAUUAUUUAAACAUGGAUGCCACAGUUAUUAGAAAUAUGAAGGAUUUUCAACUUUUGUAUAAUCAAAUAUCUGAGACAUGUUUUAAAACCUGUGUGAGUACACUUCUUUCAAGGGAUAUCUCUGCUGAAGAGGAUCAAUGUAUAGAGAGUUGUUCAGGAAAACAUAUUCAUGCUAAUCAUAAAAUAAUGGAAAUAUUUAUGGAAGUACAGCCUACUAUUUUACGCAAAAGUAUGGAAGAACUUCAAAAAUCUCAAGCAGAUUUAGAAACACAAACACAACAAGAACAGACCAUUGAAAAUACAACACAGUAAUCCUAUGUAAAUUAAUAGUAUCUUUUGUUACAUGUUUAAGGAAAAUAAUAUUUUUAUGUAAUAUAAUUUUAAAUAUUUUUAAAAAUAAAAUUGUAUGUCAUUAUAUAUGUAACUAUUACUGAUUGUUUUUAAUUGUUGUUUGUACCACUGUAUCAUAAAACAAUUGUAUAUUUUAAGGAACAAUAAAUUAAUUUUGUCAGUA